AUGUCGGUGGUUUCUCUGCUCGAUGUCAAGGUUCUGAACAAUCAUACCCCAUUCACGGCAGCCAACGAAUUCGAAAUCACAUUCGAAUGCCUUGUGCAACUCCGUGAAGGUCUGGAGUGGAAACUCACCUACGUUGGCUCUGCCACGUCGGCAGAACACGACCAAGAGCUUGACUCUCUCCUCGUCGGACCGAUCCCUAUCGAUCCAACCCUCCCAACCUAUCCCGCUUGCCUCCAUCCCUACGUCCUUGGACUUGCGCACCUGCGCUUCAUGGCCACCCGGAUCGGCCACCUGAUGCAACGGCACCUCAAGCAGCCCGAUCACCAAGACAUCGUGCUCAAGCUGCAGAUCCUGCGGUACAUAAACCCCCUGGUGGAGAUCCACAAGUAUGUCUCGCACCUGUCGUGUCAACAAUGCAUCGCGCCGCCGGAGCAGUGGCCCCCUGGGACCACGUCGGAAUCGGCCCUGUCGACCGCGUUCAAGAGGAAGCUGAUGGCGCAAUAUUUCCCAACACACACGGCCAGCACCUUCAACAAGACGCUGCUCACGGCCACCAUCCUCGCGCUGAUGUUGCACAUCCCCCCUCCAACCUUCAUGCCGUCAUUGGUCGGACUCGAACAUGGGCGCUGGACUGGGCAUUGGAAGGCAUCCGUGUGGAUUUGCUCGCACCUUGACUUACGGGAUCUGGCAUGCAGCGAGCAGCCUUUGACCAGUUCCCAGAUGUCGCACGGAGACUAG